GUGCAAAUGUCACCCUACACUGCUUCAAAAUAUAUUUUCUCCCCCUACGAAAAAGACGCAAAUUCGGACGCCUGGCCGCGGAAUAGCUUUUGUUGCUGGAGAUUUUCCAUCCCCCAAACUCAAACGGCAUUUCCCGUAAUCGGGUACGGACGAAGAAAAACGCUACCCCUGCGAAAAUGUAAACGAAUCGUACCGCGGCAUCGUACGCUUUUUAUUUUACGGAUUAUUAGUUUGUUUUGGUUUUGCGUGGAACGCAAACGCUGGAGAGCAUCAGCAAGCGCCAGAGAGCAGCGUACGUUUGUGUUGCGUACGUGAGGCGGAGUACAGCGAAGCAGGCUGUACCAAGCGAGGAAAAAAAAUCCACUCCCCAUCGCAACAUCGGUUUGUGGCCGAUCAGUGUGAUGCAAUAAUCGGUUUGUUUGGUAAUUUAGUGCAUUUUAUCAGUGAACAUUGGGAGUGUUUUUGGUGCGUAGUGCAAAAAAAAAAAAAAAACGAAAGCGAAUUUAUUUUGCGCUGUUGUGCGCACGGGAAGCACCAACCACCCUCUCCCUGUACCAUCUUCUUUGUGCAUGUGUAUGCGUGCGUGCGUGUGUGUAUGCGGUGGAUUUAAGCUGUUUGCGAAAUUAGAUGUGUGUGUGUGUGUGCGAAUAGUAUUGUAAAAAUUUCCCGCUGCGAGGAGAAGAAACCAAGAAAAUCAGUGUGAAGAGAAUAAUAAUCACCGUACGGAAGAAAUAGGAGAAACUCCGAGAACAGCGAAAGACCCGAAGAUCCCUUCUUUGGGUGCGGAUUAGAGGCGGUCAAGACGGCAAAGAAGGCGAAGAAUUGUACCGUCCGGGAAGAAGCAGCAGCAAGGGAACGGAAAAAGGAUUAAACGUCUACAAAGGCCAUAAAAUGGAGAACGGAUCCGACGAUCGGGUGUAUGCGGCGGAGAAAAUCAUGAAAAAACGCAUCCGGGCGGGCAAGGCGGAGUAUCACGUGAAAUGGAAGGGCUGGAGCCAGCGCCACAACACCUGGGAGCCGGAGGAGAACAUCCUCGACCAGCGGUUGAUCGAGAUAUUCGAAAAGUCGGUCCGCGGCUCAUCCACCCCGAAGCGCAAGAAGAAAGCAAUCAUCGAAGAUUCGGACGACGACGAGCUGCCGUCCAGCACGAUGUCGCCCACGCCCGAACCGGAGCUGCCGAAAAAGGAGGAGCGCAAGGAGGCCAAGAAGGAUCGUGAUGAUAAGCAUCAGCUGCAGCAGCAGCAGCAUCAUCACCAUCACCAUCAUCAUCACCACCAUCACCAGGGUGGUGCAAAGAAGGAGAAGGACGUGGCCAACAUUUCCAACAGCAGCUUAAACAGUGGCGCCGACGGCUCAAAGCGAAACAGCAGCAGCAUCAGCCCGAGCCACCAUCAUGGUGGCAGCUCGUCGACGAAGGUUGAAAAAUCGUCCCCACACUUGGCGACGGGCGCGGCGGACCCGUCGCUAGUCGCUGGUGGAGCCGGCGGCGUCACCGGGACGGUCGGUAUGCAGCCGCUGCCCAGCCUGAAGAUCUCCAUCUCCGCCGACCGGUCCGCCGAGCUGGUGGGCAACGAUCACGACACCAACUCGAACUCGAGCGACGAUCAACCGCUCAGCCACAAGGACGUGAUCGGCACGAAGCGGAAGGCCGAGGUCCUGUCGAAGGGGGGCAAGGUGGGUGUGACGAUCAAAACGUCCUCGCCCGGGGACGAAUCGCCCAGCAGCAGCACGCUGCUGAAGGCGCAGCGGCUCGAGGUGAGCCCGCUAUCCGGGGUCGGCGGUCCGGCCGUCGCCGGCGGCUCGACCGUCGCCCCGAUCAGUACCACCUUCGGCAAGCUGGACAUGAAGGCGGCCGCCCCACUGUCGCCCGACACGCCCGCCUCCCGGCCUGAAUCGAACAUUCCGCCGCCGGCCGAACCGAACGCACAGCUGCCGGGCGGGGCGGCGGCGGUGGUGGUCGCAGCCGGCGGACUGCCCGCCGGUCGAGAGGAGGGAAACCCGCUGGAGGGGCAGGUUGCUGGACAGCAGGCCCAGCAGCACCAGCAGCAACCGGGCGCCGCGGCGAACGGUGGCGAUGCAUUUCCGCUGAGCAACGGUAACGGUCCGAACAACAUCAACAACAACAACAACAACCUUAACAACAACAACAACAAUAACAGUAUCAACAAGCAUGUCAGCACGCUAACACUGUCGCCGCGGGCCGCCCCACCCCGCCUCUGGCUGCCGAAGGCACAAACGACCAACCAGGUGUUUAUCACGGAUGUGACGGUCAACCUGGAGACGGUCACGAUUCGGGAGUGCAAGACGGAGGCAGGCUUCUUCAAGACGCGGGACAUGCAGCAGCAGCAGCAAGAGCAGCAGCAGCAACUCCAGCAAGAGCAACACCAACAGCAGCCCCGGGUCGGUGAUCUGCUAAGCAAUUAAAAGAGCAGGAAGGGCGUGCUUUUCUACCCUACGAUCCGGGCAGAUCGUAGCAGUAACGUGUUUUCCUUGUACCUGUGUAACGGAGCAGUGCAUUUGCGGAGGGAUUUUUGUGCAUUAUACAUACACAAACAAACAAACACAGCACACGUUAACAUUACUAAAGAAGCGGGGGAAAAACGCAAAAGCGAAUGUGGCCAAAAUCCUUGCAAACCUUACGGGAAAAAGAUACGAAAUGAUAGGGAUGAACGGAAAAUUACCACCCAAAAACCGGGUGGGACAAUGGGAAGAAGAUUGUAAAUACUACAAAACUGUAAUGAUUGUGUGUGUGUGUCUAGAAGAGUCAAAAAGAGGAGAUAUUCUUUGUGAAAGCUUUUUUGAAGAAAAAGUCAGAAACAAUCGAAAGAGGAAGAGGACAAUGCUCCUGUUCUUGUUUUUGGGUGAAGAAUCACAAAGGUGCGUGUGGAACAUUUUUUGUAUGUGUAUGUAUAUAAACAUUUUGGAGAGGACUUUUUCCAAGCAGUAAAAGGGUUAGAGGCUUAAGAGCGGGGAGGAAGGAGAGGGAGCGCUCAUUGUGUAGAGCAUUGUGAGCGCAUUUUAUUUAUAUUAUAUUCCACCAAAUUAUUUCCAAUUUUUAAAGCGCUUCUGGAACGCAUUGAACUAUCGCCAUGUGUGCGUUUUAAUAUAAAAAUGGGAUAUCUUCUUCCGCAAGCGCACAUAACAUACACUCAUACUGCUGACAAAGUUAGCGUUUGAAAGGCGUUUGCGUGGGCAGAUGCAGAUAAAUAUUAUUUUAAGUUUUAGUCACUUACUCAGACGUUUGCGCGUAGAUCGAUGCAUUGUUUUGAAUGCUCUUUGUUCCAUUUCCGCAAAUUUCACACCAUCUCACACACGCGCGCGCACUGCAGGCGUGUUUAGGUUUAGGUUUAGGUUCGUUUUAAAUGACGUUUCGUUUUCACUCUCAUUCUCUCUAUAUUAUUUUAUAUAUUUUACCCAUUUAUCGGUAUUUGAAGAAAGUAUUUUCACUGUUGAUGAAAGCAUUGUGUGUGUGUGUGGUUUUGCAUUUGGUUUUAUGUUUUAUCGGCAAUCGUGGGGAGAUAGUAGUAGUAGCGUGAACGUGUGGAACACGAUGGCGGCGCGCUCGCCCUUUUGCACGCUCUCAUGCAGUAGGAAAAGCAACUUUCCAGCACAACAUAAAAUGCUAGCUUUGUCUAGGUAUAUUGUAGAGCUAGUGGUAAAGGAUUUUAUUUAAAAGCAGCAAAGUAAGUUAAAAAAACAUGCCGCUUUGCAUAAGCGUUUAUCGAGCUUUUGGUUCUCUAUAGUGUUUAUUUAGAAUUUAUCUUUUUCGUAAGUUGAUCAAAUCUCAAGAAUCGUUUCGUUUCUUUAUUGUCAGUCGGCUAUUUCUAGACUAGAUACAGUUAGUUUUUAGUUUUUUUUAGUUGAUAUGUGGACAACCACCUUACCGUGUACAAUGGGUUUUGGCAUAUAAGGGCCAACGGUACCAGUCGUAUUUAUUGGCUAUGGACAGGCGUGGCCUCCAAUCGAGAAGGGCAAUUCUGUACCUAGAGGCUUCACAUUUUAAAACUUUCCAUUCCCGCAUGAGGAAUAGCGCGAGCGAGCAACAAAAUGUUCCAAUGUAUCGUAAUCGUCAAACGAAAUAAUAGCGCCCCCUUUGUAUGUGUUAGUGAACAGUUUGGUGUCGUUUAGAGAUUAGUUGUGCGUGCAUUAGGGAGGCAAAAAUGAUGGAGAAAAUUGUGAAAUUAAUCAACAACUUAUGUUUUAAAUUAUUCCUUAAUGCUCACAAGGCAAGACUCACGAUGGCGUAUAAACACAAACAAAUUGGAAAAGAAAGCGUGAUCAGCAGACACACACACAUACACACACACACAAAUGAUCUUUUAAUUUAUUUGACAUGAUCUUUUUCACACCCAGUUGGUAGGGGGAAACCCAUUUAUAUAUAUUUAUCUCCGCUGUAAUGUUUGAUUAGAGCCAAAAGGCCUUUUAGAGGAUAGACAACUUCUCUUUAGCUCUACUAAAAUGGGUAAUUCAUGUGCUUGGCUGGGUUUUUGAGUGGGGCGUGGGGGAGCCUGGGAGGACCACAAAAGAGCAAUACUAUUUCUAUCUGUUGUUGUCUAAUUUCUUUGCCAAAAAACAAACAAACAAAAAAACAUCGGUCAAGCAAGAAAAAACAAACAAACAAAACAACCAACACUUACAAUAACAACUAAGCAAAGCAGCAUAUUCGAGCUAUUUAUAGAAUAGUGCAUUAAUAUCUUUCGUAGUAGUUGAUAGUGACUAAAAAAACCACAACACACACAACAACAUUGUACUGUUAUCAUAGUUUAAAAAAGUCAUUAAACCACAGGCGCGUAUGGAAAAUCAAACCAAA